AAUAGCUAGAAGGUUUGGUUUGUAACGGAUAAGUUGUAUAAAGAUAGAGAAUACAAUUGCUGUUAUGUUGACCAUGACGAGACUGCCGUCAAUUUUCCCCGAGAUAAAAAAAGGUCAGCGCCAAUCAAGCGAGAAAUCGAACGGUCAGCUCCAAUCAAGCGAUGAAUCGAAGGUUGAUCUCCGGUCAAGGCGAGAUGAAAAGUUGGCCAUCGCCGUGCGACGUUUGAAGUGUCGUCUGCUGCCCUUACUGCAACAUCCAAAAUACGGGCCUCUACUUGACCUGUCGACAAAAACUCUGAAGAAAUGGCUGGACGUAUCUUCUCGUGACGUGUUUGGCGCGGACAGCAAGAUACGACGACAUUUAGAGUUUCGCGACAAAAUGAAAAUGGACAAAUUGUUGACCAGCUACAAAGUACCAAAGAUUUUGCUCCACUAUCCGGCCGGUCUUUGCGGCAUUGACCGGCAAGGAUCACCCGUCUACUACGAGCUGUUUGGCCUGAUGACGUUUGACGACAUCCUGCAGGCGGCAGGGAAGCAGGCGACAGGCAAGCAGGCGACAGGCAAGCAGGCGGCAGGCAAGCAGGCGCUAGUCAGGUACAAGCUGUAUCAACACGAGAAGAUCCUGGAGCACCUCAAGGACCUGACAGUGUGCAGAGAGAAAGAUGUCGACUCGAUUCUUCUUGUCGUUGAUGUCCAGUUCUGUCAGAAGAUUGACAUCUCUCCUGGCAACAUCAAAAGGUGGGCGGAGAUACUGCAGAUGCUGCUAGAUAAUUACCCCACCUUAAUUAAAGAGAUAAUUGUCAUCAACGUCCCUGACCUUCCCCGUGACCUUCACCAGGCGUGCACGUCCUGCUUCUCGCGUGAGGCCUGGAGUCUGAUGACCAUGUAUGAUAAUCACUUUCUCAGAGAGCUGAGGAAGAAGAUCCCCCACCAGGAGCUGCCCGUCUACCUCCGGGGACAACGAGAGCUGGAGCCAAACUUGGAUUGUGGUCUCAGGAUACACUGGAAUGUCAAGAUGCCGUACGUUACCAUGGAGACUGAGUCCAGCACCCAGGGGCCCGUCCAGUUGGUGGGAGCGGGGGUGCUGAGGGUGGAGGAGUAUCACGUGGCCGCCCCCGACAGCCAGCUCACGUGGCUGGUGGAGGUUGAGGACAACCCGGUCACGUUCUCGGUUGGUCUGAACGUGCUGGGUGACAACCAUCUGGUCUGCCAACCCGUCGUGGUAUCACGUGACACAGGUGCCCAGUCAGGCUGUAUAAACUGUCACGUGACCGGCAGGUACCUGGCGCUGCUGGACAAUACCAGGAACUCGCAGGACGGUGCCAGAGUUAGGUACAAGGUCACCGUGACCCCGCCCGGCACGUACAUGACCCAGUUUACGCCAAUGGUUCCAUUGGGUGAGUUGUGUGUUCGUCAGCUGGUCUUUUGGUCAGCUGUUCUCUUGGUCAGCUGGUCAGCUGGUCUCUUGGUCAGCUGGUCUCUUGGUCAGCUGGUCAGCUGGUCUCUUGGUCAGCUGGUCUCUUGGUCAGCUGGUCUCUUGGUCAGCUGGUCUCUUGGUCAGCUGGUCAGCUGGUCUCUUGGUCAGCUGGUCUCUUGGUCAGCUGGUCUCUUGGUCAGCUGGUCUCUUGGUCAGCUGGUCUCUUGGUCAGCUGGUCUCUUGGUCAGCUGGUCUCUUGGUCAGCUGGUCUCUUGGUCAGCUGGUCUCUUGGUCAGCUGGUCUCUUGGUCAGCUGGUCUCUUGGUCAGCUGGUCUCUUGGUCAGCUGGUCUCUUGGUCAGCUGGUCUCUUGGUCAGCUGGUCAGCUGGUCUCUUGGUCAGCUGGUCUCUUGGUCAGCUGGUCUCUUGGUCAGCUGGUCAGCUGGUCUCUUGGUCAGCUGGUCUCUUGGUCAGCUGGUCAGCUGGUCUCUUGGUCAGCUGGUCUCUUGGUCAGCUGGUCUCUUGGUCAGCUGGUCAGCUGGUCUCUUGGUCAGCUGGUCUCUUGGUCAGCUGGUCUCUUGGUCAGCUGGUCUCUUGGUCAGCUGGUCUCUUGGUCAGCUGGUCUCUUGGUCAGCUGGUCUCUUGGUCAGCUGGUCUCUUGGUCAGCUGGUCUCUUGGUCAGCUGGUCUCUUGGUCAGCUGGUCUCUUGGUCAGCUGGUCUCUUGGUCAGCUGGUCUCUUGGUCAGCUGGUCUCUUGGUCAGCUGGUCUCUUGGUCAGCUGGUCUCUUGGUCAGCUGGUCUCUUGGUCAGCUGGUCUCUUGGUCAGCUGGUCUCUUGGUCAGCUGGUCUCUUGGUCAGCUGGUCUCUUGGUCAGCUGGUCAGCUGGUCUCUUGGUCAGCUGGUCUCUUGGUCAGCUGGUCUCUUGGUCAGCUGGUCAGCUGGUCUCUUGGUCAGCUGGUCUCUUGGUCAGCUGGUCAGCUGGUCUGUGCCCUCGCCCACCACCACCCCGUCCCAUGGGGAAAAAGAUAAAAACAGUACAACCUUCAUAA